AUGGAAAUAUUAAGUAUAUUCACCAGCUCAAAAUUUCAAAUUAAUUUUAUAGAAAUUCGAAUAAAUGAAGUUCAACACGCACUCGGAGAAUCUGUAAAUGCAUUGGUCAAAUAUUUUUGUGCUGAAAGAAAAGUGAAAAGUGAACUUGCUCAUUUAUUAUGUGGACAAAAAGGACUUGUUAUGUCAAUUGAACAAGCAUUUCAAGUUGGACGACAAGAAUCGCUUAUGAAAUAUUUUAGAAAUACUUGUCCUUGGGAUUAUAUUGGUAUGUUAAUUAUUAUUAGUUUUUUAAUUCGAAUUUUAAUUUUUAGAACGUGUUUGUUCUUGGUUUUUCGAAUUGUGUCGACGAAAAGAUACUGAUAAAUUGCCGAAAGAACAAAAAUCUUUGAUUCAUCAUGCUCUUCGUUUAUAUAGAAAAAUCGAUGCAAAAACUUCUUUAGGAAAAGAUGGAAAAUUCCACGUGUUUAUUCUUAUUUCUAUCAGGUUUGUGACUUUUUCGUCGUAUCUGAUUUUAUUUUUUUUUUGGGAAAACUUCCGAUAGAAAUCUCUAAAUCGCUUCUUUUUUUUCGGAUUUGAAACAAACAAAACGAGAUUUGCGAGCGAGAAAAAACGAAUUUGUUCGCAAUUCUUUCUUUUUUGAUUCAAAUUUAAUUAAAUAUUAAUUGAAAGUGUUAAAAUGAAAUUGAAGAAUGAAUAACUUUAGAAAAUUUGUCUUUUUUCUUUGAAGAAAUAAUUUUUGUUAGAUCAGAUUUCAUUGUUCAUGAUCAGUUUUUGUUCGAAAUUCAGAUUAAUAUUGACAUCAUUUUUUUCUUAGACCAGUUUCCAGGCUGGAAUUUUUUUUUUUGGAAUAUUUUGCUGAACGAAUUGUGGAAUAUUUUCUAUAAACUUGAAAAAAAUUUAGAAUUCUAAAUCCAGUUUCAGAAUUUUUAUUUUCAAGCUGAAUAACCAGAAAAUUCAAAUUUAUUCCACAUUCAGAAACUCAAAUUACAGAAAUAUUUCAUGAACCUAUUUCUGAAAAAAUUGAGAGAGAAAUUUUCUGUUUCGUCUUGAAGAUUUUUGUAACAAGUUUUAUAUUUAAUUGAAGAUAUGAGCUGUUUGAACAGCUGAAUCUGAUUUUAUAUUUCAAAAUAUGGACACGUUUCAUCCAGUUUUUUUUGAAACCAACAGUUCAAUAAAGUUUGAUUUUUUGAAAGAAAAAAACCGUUAUAAAAUAUCUAUAUUUGCAAUCUUUUCCAAUUUCUAUCCCAUCUGUUUUUCCUCUUCAUUUAAUUUGCCAUAAAUGUAUUGUGUUUUAAAGAAGAACUUGGAAAUUCUUUGUUUUAUUAUGUUUUCAACAAUAAAAUAAAUAAUCAACCUAUAUUUUUUUCAGAGACCACACACUUUCUGGACUUUUGACAUUAAUGUCUUGGUCUCCAGUUACUUUGGAUAUGUAUAAUGAACCAUCAUUUUUGCGAACAUCUUCACAUUUGAAUAAUUUCUCAAGAUUACUUCAUUCCCUUUCAGAAUUUAAUAUAGUUAUUGAUCCAACUUUGACAUAUGGAAUUGUUUAG